AUGGGGGACUGGAGUGUCCUAGGUAACUUUCUGGAAGAGGUACAGGAGCACUCUACAUCAGUGGGGAAGGUGUGGUUGACUGUGCUGUUUAUCUUUCGCAUCCUAGUCUUGGGCACAGCCGCGGAGUCAUCAUGGGGUGAUGAGCAGUCUGACUUCAUGUGUGACACAAAACAACCUGGUUGCACAAAUGUCUGUUAUGACCAAGCUUUCCCCAUUGCUCAUAUCCGCUACUGGGUGUUGCAGAUCGUCUUUGUAUCAACGCCAUCCCUCAUCUACAUGGGCCAUGCCAUGCACACCGUCCGCAUGGAGGAGAAACGAAGGCAGAGGGAGCAGGAGGAGAAGGCUGGAGGAGGGAAUGAGGGAGGAAGAGAAGAGAAAGAGUAUUUGGAACAGAGAGACAAAGCAGUAGAGGCACCGACAAAGAUCCGCCUUAGGGGGGCGCUGCUGCACACAUACGUCCUAAGCAUUUUAAUACGCUCGGUCAUGGAAGUGACCUUCAUUGUGAUCCAAUAUAUGAUGUAUGGAAUCUUUCUGCAAGCUCUGUACCACUGCAACACUUCGCCGUGUCCCAACCCAGUGAACUGUUACAUGUCACGGCCAACGGAGAAAAACGUCUUCAUUGUGUUCAUGUUAGUGGUGGCAGGAGUGUCACUGUUCCUCAGUGUGGUGGAGCUGUACCACCUCAGUUGGAAACAGUGUAGGCAAUGCCUUAGAAAGUACACAGAAAACCGCACCAUUGAUGGCAAAACCAAAAACGGCAAAGAUGUUUCCACAGUCAAACCUGGCAUGGCAACUAUUCCACUGGAACGGUCUGACACAACUCAACCAUCCCCUUCCCAAAACUGUACCCCACCCCCAGAUUUUAACCAUUGCUUAGCGUCCAGUCAAGGACCACCAUCACCUCCACAUCUCCAUCACCACCAUCUUCAUCACAUACACCAAGCCUACCAGCCCUUCACCAACAAUCUGGCCAAACAGCAGAACUCUGUCAAUAUGGCCACCGAGUGGCAUCAUCAUAGUCAUGAUGACCUGGAGACUCGCGAGGACUUCAUGCGGAUGAGCUUUGGGAGCCCUGCAUCUCGGGUGCCUUGCGGGCAUGUCCCGACUGAUGUGACACCCAGUGCCCCCUCCACACCAUCCUCCCAUCCAGGCUUCUUUGGAGACAAGCGCCGUCUUAGCAAGACCAGUGGCACUAGUAGUAACCGGGUCAGACCGGGUGAUCUUGCUGUGUAGUCUGUGUUUAUUUUUCUCCCAAUUUGGAAUGCCCAAUUCCCACUACUUAGUAGGUCCUUGUGGUGGCGCGGUAACUCACCACAA